CCAUACUUAAUACAUAGAAGGAAGAAGUACGUAGUCUAUAGUGCUAAUCGAUAAAAGUUUUGAAAGAACCAACACUAUCAUUUUGUCUUUAAUUUUGUGUGCAUACAUUUGUGGCAUUUAAACGACUUGAUUAGCCUUACAUUAAGAUCUACAUUUGCUUUGUCAGCUUGGGUAUUACGAUGGAUGAAGAAGUUAAAAUAAAUAUGUUGGAAGCCAGGCAAUGGUCAUUGUUUGUGAUAGACGAUGUACUGCAAAGCAAACAAAAGAUGAAGGAAAAACGUCAAGUGCUACAACAAGAUUUAGACGAGGGAUUUGACGUUAACGAAGAAAAGAUUUUUGUCAAUAAUUUUAUUUCUUAUCUUCAUUGGAGAUUAAAUGACAGAGAAGAAGCAUUUGCUGCAUCAAAGCGUGCCGCAGAGCUAGAAACAGAACCAAAUUUGGUUACUCACUGCAAUAAAGUAAUAUUCAAUAUGGAGCUUGAAGAGCAUUACCGAUCAAAGGAACUUUUAGAAGAAAUCCACAAUAACAUUAAACACAAAAGGUUACAGUUUGGAGCGACUGCAGAGAUUGGGUAUUGUUAUUCCCGAUUGGGUCCACAACACCACGAAAAAGCAGUGCAGCUCUUCCAGAGAGCCAUAGAAGGUAUAGCACCAGAGAGGAAUAUACUUUGGGAAUUUCGCCUUGCAUUAACUUUACGCAGACAGUCGCAUUUUUUUCAGGUGACAACGGCAGAAAAUUAUAGACCCGAAGAAAAAAAUGAAGAAGCCGCCCGUCUAUUCUAUGAAAUUUUGAAAUUUCCCACUGAAGAAUAUUGUCGUAUAAAAGCAAGAUCAUGGUGUGAGAUUAGCAGAACCUUACAUACAUGUAACGUAAAGAAUUUGUUUGAAAUCAUUCACACAGAUGAGGAAGAAACGAUGAAAAUAGAUCGAAAGCGAUGUUUCGAGAAAGCAAUGAAGUUGUGUCCCGAUGAUUAUUUCGUCCUACAGGAAUAUGGAGUAUAUCUCAGAUACAUAAAAGAGGUAAAAGAAUCGGAAUCAAUGUUAAAGAAAGCUAUACAGUUGAGAGACACGACUUUUGCAAGACACCAUUUGGCUCUGACUCUUCAGAUAUCGGCAGAAUUAGAUUUGUCUAUGUCUAGCAUACCGGAGGCCGCAGCGUCUCUUGAUUUAGAAAAGACAGAAAUUAAAUCAAAGUCAAAUGCUACUGACCCUAAACUUCAUUUCAUUUCCUACAGAAAAUCGCCAAGAUCAGUGCGUGUUUCGAAAGACAAUCCGUUGCUGUUGCAAGCAGUGCAACACCUUCAAAAGGCAAUUGAAAUGUGCCAAGGGUUUGACGUUGCAAGGUAUGAUUUGGGGUUAAUAUACCGAAUGCUAGACAAACCGGACGAUGCUUUUAGAAGUUUUUCUUUCAUCACAUUCAACAAUUGUGGAAAACCAUCCAAAUUUCCCAUGACUUUAAUCAAUGCAUAUGAACAACAAGCAAUCUGCAAACUAGAUUUAAUAUUAAAAGAAACUGACCCCAAGAGGAAGAAAGAACUAAAAUACGACGCCAAAAAAUCCUUGUGGAACGCCCUUACUAUAACAUCGGGGUUCAUUUUGGCUAUACCAUUGCUAAAAACAACAAGCCAGUGUUUUUUAAUUCUUAAAGAGCUACUGCAAAAUGAAGAGAAAUCUUUCAGUACGUCCAAAGAGCUUGCAACAUUACACAAAUUGCUAGGUUAUGAUGAAGAGUCUAUCAAAUUUCACAGAGAGAUAGCCGAUAUGGAAUGCAAUUCAACAACAGUAAAAGAACUUGCACAAAGCUACAUAAAGGUUGGAGAUUUCAAUAAUGCCAUAUGUACGCUGGCAUUACUUAAAGGCGAAAUUGAGUGGGAUACUUCCUAUAAAUUAAUGUUUGUGAAUACAUGCUUAGAUGGAGCCAAGGAUUCAUUGAUGAAGCGUGAUUUAGAAAUGGCAAAGAUUAGAUUUCUAAACGCAUACACAGCUACAUUUUUUCAACAUAUUAUAUCGGCUUCCAAAGAGGAGCAACAUGUGUCGACUUCCAGAGGUAAGCAAUAUGUACUAGCCUCCAAAGAGGAACAAAAUUUAUCGGCUUCCAAAGAGGAACAAAAUGCAAUGGCUCCCAAAGAAGAACAAACAAUAUCGACUUCCAGAGAUAAGCAAUAUGUUCCAGCCUACAAAGAGAAACAAAAUGUAUCAGCUUCCAAAGAAGAACAAAAUGCAUUUGCUUCCAAAGAAGAACAAAGGGUAUCAACUUCCAGAGGAAAGACAUGUGUACCAGCUUCCAAAGAGGAACAAAGUAUAUCGACUUCCGAAAAGGAACAAAAUAUACUGGCUUCGAAAGAGGAGCAAAAUGAAUCAACCUGCAGAGAGGAGCAAUAUAUACCAUUGACUUUGAAUGAAAAACAAAUUAUGUCGACAUUGAAAGAAAAAGACGAUAAUAAUACACUCGAUAUCUUCGUUUUGCAUAGCUGUAGUAACGAUAAUUGUCGCUACCUCAACUUUGUCAAGGCUACAUUAGAAUCAUUUGUGCAGUUGAAAUAUGCCAUCAACGAUAACGAUUGCCUUCCAUUUCGUCAAAGAAUUGAUUAUCUGAUCGAAGAAAUGCGUAAAUCCCGAUGUAUAUUAAUAAUUCAGCAUGAACAAAGUGAAGUUGUUGUUACUAAGGAUGAAUUCAUAGAUCAAGCACUGAAAAUAGCGUUAGUAAUGCACCAAACAAAAACUCUCAAAAUCAGGAAAGAAGGAGUAGAUCAAGAUGAACUAGUAUGUAAAGAAGUAAUCCUUUCAUGUGAUUUGGAUGAAAAUUUCAAUUCUGAAAGAAGCCAACGUCUGCAAGGGGAUCUGCUUUCUGAUGUGCUAAAGAAAGUAUCAGAGAUGUAAAGAGGGAAUAUUUGUUAUUAACAAUUCUGAUAGGUUUAUGAUUGGUUGUAUGACAACAA